AUGGCUGAAGACGCAAACACCUACAAACGAAGCAGGGCUUCAGGUGAGGUGUUGGAUUAUCUCCUUCUGGAGUUUGAAAAUAAUCCCAACCCAACUCCUGAGCAAAGGAAAGAAAUAGCUGAUAAAACUGGCAUGUCCGAGAAGGCAGUAAGAAUUUGGUUUCAAAAUAAAAGAGCUAAGGUGAGAAAAUUUGAAAGAUUGGGUCGACUGGGGGGAAAUGGCAUUACGCAUGGCGGUGGAUCAAACUCCAUUUCUUCGUCGAGGUCGAAUAGUCUUCUGAAUCUUAAUUCACCUCGGCAGCACAUGCAUGUGUCGAAUAUACUGACAUCUGGGUCGACUGGCUCUUCCUCAAAUGCUUUAGAAAUCCCCAUCGAAGUAAAUGACAAGUAUUGUUUCAUUGAUUGUUCUUCCCUUUCUGUUGGAUCGUGGCAGCGGAUUCGCACUGGCUACCACGACGGUGAGUUACUUCGCUCUGCCCUUUCAAAUCUUAGUCCAAUCGCAAUCGACCAAGUAAUGAACAACGUGGAUUUACUUGUGAUUCUUUCCAAGAAGAACUUGGAAAUAAACUAUUUCUUCUGUGUCAUUCUGAAUAACUCCAAGAUAUUAUUCCGAAUCUUUUUUCCGGUUAGUUCCAUUAUUAGUUGCCUGCUUCUCGAUAACAAUAUCGACAAGGGAAAUAGUGAGUUACGGCUUUCGUUAACUCAUCGCCCUAAAUUCUCAGUCUAUUUUUUCAACGCUGCGUCCUCGGGUUCAAACAAAUGGUCGAUUUGUGAUGACUUCAGUGAAGGACAUCAAGUUUCUUUAGCAUACUAUGCCGAAUCAGGUACAUCUAUACCUCAUGUAUUGGUAGGAGUUAAAAACUCACUUCAGUUCCUCAAUAGCUACAUCUUAGAGAAUAAGGUCUAUGGAACAGCAUCCGUGGCUUCUCAAGUUUCUGGGGUCGAACCACAAGAUGAUUCCGACCAGUCGCACCAAAUUCAACAACAUCCCCACCACCAUCAACAGCAUCAACAACAACAACUCGAUGAUACACCAGAAAACCACGAUCUUUCGGCGUGGAACGAUGCGACACCACGUCACCCCAACAAUGUAGCUUUUUCCCCGACGCAUUUUGAUCAUGGGAUGUCUCCAUCAUCGACUCAGUCGCCGCUUGUACAGCAAAAUAGCAAUUUUGCAAUGGAAACUGGUUCUGGUAGUUCCGGUCGAGCAAACACAAGCGAAACUCCUGCUAGCAUGGUGGCAUCACCAUUAACUUCGCUCAAUGCAGCAGGGGCUGCGGUUUCCAAUAAUGGACAAUUUGUUAAUGCUGCUUCAACCACCAACAGUCAAGCAACACCUCAUGAUUCGGCUCAAUUGCACGUUGGUAAUUCAUUCUCGAACCAUGCCCAAUUAGAUGGCGACCACCCAGAAUUGGAGGAAAUGUUUCAUACCGCAGACAACGAAUAUUUCAAUAAUCAAAUUAAUCAAACGAGUUCCGCUCCGUUGGGCAACGCAGGCACAACUAUUCCUCAGUCAACUCAUAUCGAGGACGCACUAAUGCAAACCAAUCCCGCGAAUGUUCAUGGUUAUACGGGUUACACCAAUUCUCCAUUCCCCACUAAUACUCCAUUCGACUACUUCGAAGAUCCAGAUAAAUCCGAAUACAAUUCAGGCCCAGAUUUGGUCGCCUUAGAGAAUGAAUUAGUCGAACAAGCAGCAGAACUUGGAAAUAGCGAUGCCAUUUGCCUAUUAGCGUUCGAAACCAUUAGAAACCGUAAAGACAGGUCAAAGGAAGAUUAUCAAUAUGCCAGUGAUUUGGUGAAACAGUUAACAGAAUUGAAACAUCCUUUGGUAUUCAAAUUAGCAGGGGAUUUGGCCCACGAAAACGGUGCUUACCAACAAGCAGCCGAUUAUUGGGAGCAGUUUUUACAACUAGAAAAUAAUACCGUAUUGUCAAGCCAGGUGUAUUCCAAAUUAGGGGCUUUUUAUUUCUCGUAUAAAGUACCUCAACCCGACUUGAUUAAAGCCAAAAUGUACUUUGAAAAGUCAAUAAAAUAUGGCGAAUUAGAUCAACAUGUAACCCAAGCUCACUAUUACUUGGGUAAUUUAUAUUCCACAACUAAUCCAGAACUUUCACGAUAUCAUUUGGAAACUGCAGCCAGUAAGGGGUUCAAAGAAAGCUUUGCUGCUUUGGGAUUCUUGGAAUUGAAUGUUUUCCUGGAUUAUCAAAGAGCUUUGGAAUGGUUUAAACUCGGAGUAGAACUUUCUAAGGAUGCUCAAUGCUAUAUUGGACAAUUCGAUUGCUAUAUCAAGUUGGAAAACCUAAAGGAUGCAAGACAAAUACUAAUAACGGUAUCCAAUAUUAUGAAUGAGCUUCAACGAGCUCGAACGAAUUCCCAGAAUGGAGGACGUAAAAUGCCAGAAUCAUUCAAAGCCACGGUUAAUCAAAACAUUAACCAAUUUAAUACGUUUUUUCAAACCAGAAAGGCAGAAAUAGCUCUUGUAAAUAAUUAA